AUGGCCGACGAAGUACUAGUUCAGCAACUUGAGAAGCUACAAUUACGCGAAAACUAUGCCGAAUCCUUAGAAAACUAUGAAGUAAACCCAAUUGAAGGAAUGCAAGGGUGUCAUAAGAUACUUGUGACCCGUGAGCUUUUGCUACGCAUAUUCUGCGCAUUGCCUGUGCGUGUGGUAUUGAAAAUGCGGCUGGUAUGCCGUCUGUGGGAAACCAUCCUACGAGAUGAUUACACGUGGCAACAGGUUUUUGAAUCCAAGUUCGGAAAGGUUCCCAACUCGUUAUUUCUUGAUAAUCAAACAUACAGAUCGAUAUGCAUUUUCAAGGAGUAUCACGAAACACGUCUUUGGUCCAAAGUUGCUUCUCUCUUCAAUGAACCGGCUUCGACAACACUGAAUCGAUUCAAACUGUUUGGCGAGUUCGCGUCACUAAACAGCUAUAUGUAUGACAUUAUUGCCACCGGUGUGAUCGAAAACGGUGUGGCGAUUGCGUUAGUCGGACAACGAAGGUUGGUUCUCGAUGAACCGACCGGUAUGCGGGUGAUCAACGAACGACCCACGCUGUCAAAUAUGGACUUCAACUUGGUUCCCAAUGUAGAAAUCAGGGUUUACGUGAGACUCAUGCCAUUUAAAGGUCAAGACCGUUUUGAGAUUAUUUGUUGCGACAAGCAGUUAUUAACAAUCUCUCGGGAUGAUCUGUCCCGAGACGGUGGUUGGAUAAAAAAUGUAGUUAGAAUUCAGCUGGGACGUAAAUACUUUAUGUAUUCUUCGGACAUUUCAAUGGGCACAUGUAAGAUAUUUUCGUAUUACCAGGCGCAAUCACUCGGAAAUUUCAAUGUACACAAUCCUCCGUUGACGGAAUUGGCCAUCUCCCGAAAUUUCUUUGUCACAUGCACGGAACCUGGAAAUUUUCAACUGACCACGCAUGCAAGUUCCUGUAAACACAUGAUCAGAUCGACCGACCUUGAAGAAAGGUAUAAGUUCGGCAUCAACAUCGACGAUGUGCAAAUCAAAAACAUAAGUCGGCAAUCGUUAAAGGGAAAAAUGUCCGCAUUUUACAUGGAUCACAAUGAUCUCAUGAUUGCCGGCUAUUACAAUAACGAAGGAGAGUCUGUAUUCCGGGUGUGGGAUCUUCGUGGUGUCAGAGAACAUGAAAGCUUCGAGACGAGAGAGUACAAAAACAUGAUCUCUCAAUACGAAGGAAAGUUAGAGUCAAAAGCACAAAGUUUUCUGGUACGCUGGAAAGAUGACCUUGAUGAAUAUCGAACACCUCUGGAUAAUGAGUUGGAAUAUCAAUUGAAAGCUUCUCCAGAGAUAAUAGUAACAUGUUCGGGCGGAAAUAUCGCUAUAUUUCGACUAUUGGACACAAUCGGAGGAAAAUUAAAGUGUUCAUGGAGGAUCUCUACCGGAUUAACUUUCCUGAAAGUUGUUGAUACCCAAUUUUGGUCACCAGGUAACCUUCCGUCAAACGGAAAUUGGCUGUUUCUGUCAGCGAAAAAAACUAUUGGGGACAUGAAGGUGCCGGUGGUAGUACAAUUACUUCUUUUGCCGUCCACGAUGUCUACAGAAAAUUCAAACGAUACCAACUUUGGAUAUCUGGAUAUUGAUAAUCAUAAUCCCAACAAUAAUGAGGACAACGUUAUGCCACAUCUUCCUCAUGCGCUUGUUGUUCUUUGCCUUAGAAAAGAGCCUGACUUUUGCAGACCACGUCCGAGAUAUAGCCUUAUGAUAUAUGAUUAUCACACCUCCAACAUGAUCAACAAUCUUCAUUCAUCCUCUCCGUUUAUGUUCGUGGUACCAACCGGCUACUUUGUGAUGGCACCAAAGCAUUCAUUUAAAGAUGAUAUUAUAUACAUGCCUUUACCUAGACUUAAAUCUCGUGAUAGGCAAGUUGUUGGUGCGAUGCUGAAACCAUCUAGACCGCGAUUACAACCGGACGGGAUGAACAGGCUAAGAGUUAACCGAGGGGUCGGGAAGAGGAUGAAGCAACCCAAGGCAACAAAAAUUGAUAAAAGAAAACAUCGGAGUAGCAAGAUACAAUUUAGUGUCAGAGACUAUAACAUUGAUUAUGAUGAACAUGACAUUG